AUGAGCGACUGUGGAACUCUGGGAAGUCAUGAGGGAAGCCCUGAAAGCUUCACGUCAUCCACAUGCUAUGCAAAGUCGAUCGCCACCACGCAUAUUGGCGACGAACCCCGCGCCGAAGAGAGCAAGGCAGCGCUACAUUACACUCCCGAGCUUCUAUCAUACUUAACUCAUUUCGUUUCACUGUUGUUCACAGCUGUAGUAUUGCAGCUGAGCUUUAGAGAAGUGUACUGGGCAGAUGAGGACGGAUGGAGGCAUAGUGGAUGGUCACUGGGACUAUCGCAACCCGUCAUGGCGGGACUACUCCAAUUCGCCGCAAAGCUUCACGAAGUCUGUAUCCUCGCAUCACUUUCCGCAAUCGCCAUUGACAUUAUUCGAAGAAGGCUCCUCGUCUCUCGUGGAGUGCCAUUUGGUUUUGUCAUGGGUGGUUAUCGUUUUGGGUCCGCAAGUUCUAUCUUCAGUGGCUCAUUCUGGGGCCCAUUCACCGAUGCCAUUCGCCAUGGCAGAUUUGAACUGCUCGGCCUCGGUUUACUCUUGGGACUUGGUGCAAUAUAUGCCAAUGCUAUCGGCCCCGCGUCGGCGGUCCUUAUGGUCCCAACGCUAAAUUGGUGGCCGGCAUAUGAUCUCACGGCGCUGAUGGUUGGUAACGGGCCAUUCUACCCCACUAGCAUUACCGCAGACAACUGGAUGAUCGCUUCUUGCUUGAGACAGAGUGAAGACCUCCCUUUCGGGUGCCCGGGCCUUGGUGCUAGCGACCUCCAGAAUGCCGACUAUUACACAACGCCCGAAGAUUUAGCAAAUCGUAGCUUGACGCAGCGGUAUGGAAGAGCCCGCAGAAAUCUAUACACCAGCUCUGCUAUUUCACCAUCGUGGAACUCUACCCUUCACAUUUCAUCGACGAUACACUCCGUUGUAAUGGAGGCUAUUGGGCUUGUUGGACGCUUCGUUUCAACCUUUCCGGACAUGAAUUCGAGCAUUUCCAGGGUCGGACGGCCACAACUGGAGGCAACUAAUUCUGCAGGCGUAAUGAGCCCAGUGGUUCAGACGGAAUGCGCGUCUGCACGCUUGAACGGAAUUCUUGACGGAACCGAUACUUUGCUUUUCCCAACUAGCAUACUGUCUCGAAUGAAUGUUACAAGCCAAAUUUGGCCUGUUCCCGAAGAGUAUUGGCCAUUCGCAGACAAGCCCCCGUUGGAUGGCUACCUCGAGCCAAACUUUACUUGGGUGGAUAGGGCCAUCUUCCAGCUUUCGGACCAGACUUCUGCCAGUAUUGGCGCCAUAGUUGCAAUACCAUUCGACCAUCCUCGGACUCAAGUUAAUUUUAACAAUUAUGGGCAUGAUGAUGUUUUCCUUGUUGCAUGCGUCCUUGAUGCAAGAUGGGCUGCGACUGACAUAAGCUACGAUCCGGGAACCAGCGACACAGUUGUUAGUAACUUGACUGACAUGUCUCUGUUUACUGGAGCAGCAGCCGACACAGAUUUGCGCUUCAGAUACGGUAUCAGCGAUUCAAUAUAUAUUCCGACUGACUGGGCAGACUUGCUAAAUGCGCCUGUCGCGCCGCCGGGCUAUGAGGGCAUAUGGUCUUCUGCUAUUCAAAACUACCUAAAGCGUUUCAUGACAGGUCGACCGGAUGGUAACCAAAAUGCCAUAUCUGACAUUUCGAAGUUUCUGAGUCUCACAUUGGUCGAUGGCCUGUCACGAUCUGGGACCGAAAACAUGACUUUUUGGGUAAUGAAUCGGAAUUCAUUAAUAUUCGACUGGACCUUUUCUGAUCUUUCCGGAAGUGGGGACUUCGAAUUUCCAAGCGAAACAGUCACGCAAGCUGGUACGACAGUCACAUUCAAGGUGCAGAGAUAUGGCUGGGGCUAUGGAAACAACUCAAAGACGGCCCGCUUUGCCAUUAGCAUUCUAUUGAUACACGCAGUAUUUGCCGUGGUGUACAUGAUUUUCACGAUUGCCCACUGGUUCAUAUAUCGAUGGAGCAGCAGGUCUUGGAAGAAUAUGGAACAAUUGUUCGCUCUGGCCAUGGUUUCGACCCAACCGCCAAGUUUGAGAGGCGUAUCCGCUGGAGUUGGAACUUGGGAUACUUGGAAAAUAGAUGUUGCCAUCAGAGAAGGCCAGGAAGAAGGCCAGGAUCUGAAUGACCGGAUUGAGCUCGUUUUUGGUGAAAGAGAUGGAGGACCGAUUGGGAGGAGAGAAAGGCAAAUACGACGAAGAAAAAGAUACCAAUAG